AUGGUGAAAGUGCUCUUGGCCAGAGGUUCUUCUAAGAAUGAACAACCUCUAUGGCCACCAUGCAAGAGAAUGUGGAGUCUAAAUUUCAGGUGUUGGAGGCAUAUUCGGAGGGCCCCCAAACAAUAGUAGGUGUCACCAUCACACACCCUACCUCAGCAUGGGCUGAUGCACUAGAUGUAGAGGAGCUGCAGGAGCUUGUUGACAAUCGUGUCAUAGAUAUGGCAUUGUUAGAAGCAAUUUAUGGUAAUUUUUUUUUAAUGAAAAAGUGUUUUUUCCAUAUCAAAGAAACUUUAGGUGAAUCUCUACCAUCCCCACAAACUCUCUAUCGAACAAUAAAAAUGAAGGUAUUUUUUAGAAUUAUAAUGCAAAUGCACAACAUGGCAAUGGCAUGACUCAAAAGAAAGCCCCUAAGCCAAAGUCAUUUGCAAGUGCAUGCCUGCCUAAGAGUUGAAAAUUUUCAUGUGCAACUUAGGUCAAUAUUUCAAGGUAAACCUCACCCUUAAAGUAGAGAGGGUAGUCUUGGCAAGCAUGUACCUCAGGUCAGAUGCCAUACUUGCGUGGAGAACAAAGAUGGAGCACUUUGUUGAGUUAUGUAUUAACUUAAUAUUAUUUAUGGCUUUUAAAUUUAAUCUAAAAUCAUGAAAUUGAUGAGAUGGAAUAUAAAUUUGAUAGGAGAUUGAUGUCUUGGAGCAGAUUAAAGAGUAUAGAUGAUGAAUAUAUAUUGAAGAUCAUUUCAAUAGAAGAUUUAAUGUGCAUAAGGAUUGAAUUAACAAUCUUAACUAUAGGAAAUAUUUCAUACUAUUUAAAUUAUUGUCGGGGGUAGAAAUGUUAAAAUAUUUAAACAUAAAUAUAAUAAUAAGUCUGAGGUAAAACUAUCAUCAUCCUACGUUCCAAUGUUAAUCUUUUUUUAUAUAUCAAAUGACUUCUUCAUUAAUAUAAGCAAAUGUAAUCAUUAAAAAUAUCUCUUGAUGAACAUUCGAAUGUAAUAAAUUUCAUAGGUAGUUAACAAGAUGUUGAAUUGUUACUAAUUUUAUAUGAUUACUGAACUAACAUUUUCACUCAAGGACAAAACAGGUCAGAUGUUUUACCAAUCUAACUAAAUUGAUUUUUGUUUGAGAAAAUAUGUCAAAGAUAGAGGGGUGCAACUUUUCAAUAGAAAGUUGAUCCAAAUAAAAAUCCAAAGUUGAAAAUUAGAUGUUAAAAAGAGUUUUGAUUAAGACAAAUCUGAAAUGAGAUGAAUUUCACAUAGUAGUGAUUGACUUAAAAAGACAUUUUUUCUUCUCUAUCGCCUCCUCUUAAAGCUUGAAGAUCAAAUCAAUUUAAGAGAGAUGAGGAUGUCAAUUAG